AUGAUAUCAGAGAUGAAUAUGCAUCAACUGCUCUGCAAAAUUGAUAAUAUCAAUUAGUUGUUUAAGGAUGCUAACGUAAGAUAUAGUUCUCUUAUAGAACUAUGUUUCCUUAUGGUAAUCAAGGACUUCCCAAGUUAAGAUUCUCCAUGUGAACACAUUGCAUCCAAAAAAGGAAUACUAUGGAUAUUAUUAAACCAAAGAAGAUUGCUUUUAAUAAGGCUCAAUAUGAACCAAUAGCUUUUGAAAACAUAUUUAAUCUUGAGACAAAAAUUAAGAAAUCUUGGCAAAAAUGCGAAAUCGAGUCUUCUUCUUCUCAGUUAUUUAAUAGAGGAGGAUUAUCAUUUUUAAAUAGCUUUAGAAAGUUUAAAAUAAUUGUACUAAAGAAGUAUAUUGGAAUUAAUAUAAGUUCAUGAGUAAAGCCAAACAUGUUACUAAAUUUUGAUAAAACAUAGAAACGUGAUUGCAAAUAAUUAUAAAUACUAAUAAAUCCACUAAAAAUUUGGUUAAUGUUGCUGA